AUGGCGUCCGAAUCCCUCCCCACCAGACAGCGUCGCCCCUCCAUGGGAGCCCCGAUUGUGGACAUCCAGGGCUCUGUCGGCCCAGCGGGCAUCUCUCGGCCCAAGCACAAACGCACCUUUACCGGCUUCGGUGCCGGAGAGAUCAAGAGUGUGGAAGCUUCCAUCCCUGAGCCGCAGCGUGAGGCCUGGCUGAAGCAUCAGGUCAGCGGUUUCAAGGACAAAGAUGGCUUCGAGUCCGAGGUCGUCCGUCAUGUCGAGACCACGCUCGCUCGUAGCAUGUUCAACUGCGACGAAUCUGCAGCUUAUUCGGCAUGCAGUCUCGCCUUCCGCGAUCGCCUUAUCCUUGAAUGGAACCGCACCCAGCAGCGCCAGACGUUCGUUGACAGCAAGAGACUUUACUACCUGAGCUUGGAGUUCCUGAUGGGAAGGGCUCUCGACAACGCUAUGCUCAAUAUCGGACAAAAGGAUACGGCCAAGGGUGAGUGGGCUCUGAAGGGGUGCGGCAUUUGA